GAGGCGCCUCCUCCAGAAGCCCUGCAGCAGGUUGUCCUGACAUGCUUGUUGUCUUCGACGUACUUGUUGCCCAAGUUGAAGGCAACGUCAGGUCCUUCCGCGCGAGCUCAGGUCCUUCCGCGCGAGCUCAGGUCCCCCGGGCCCGGGAGUGCCAGGCGGACCUCCGGAAGGUCGGGAAACGGGGCCGCAGAGACGCGGCGCGGGAAGCGAGAGGGCGAGUGGACGGGGAACACAAGCCAGGGUGUGGAGGGGGCCGGGCGCGCUAGGGUCCUAUAAGCGGCGGCAGCUCGUCCCUUCUUUGCAUAUUCAUGAAGCGGAGAGGCGAUGGACACCUGAGAAAGCUUUGGGAGGUCAUGAAUUAUUCAUGAAGCACUUCGCCCCACCCAAGAAGAUCUCGUUGAUUAUUCAUGAGCCCGGGAGGCGGGUUUGAGCCGGAAAAGGCCGUUGAAUGCGGCUCUGAGGAAGAAGUCCGCUAGCUGAGAUUAUAUUUCUUAAAAGAAUCCUGAUACAUUAUUAUAAUGGCCACUGCUCAGCUCUCUCACUCCAUCAGAAUUCACAAGGCAUCUAAGGAAACAAUUUUCCCAUCCCAAAUUACUAAUGAGCAUGAGUCAUUGAUAAUGGUGAAGAAACUUUUUGCCACUUCUAUCUCAUGUAUAACGUAUUUAAGGGGUCUGUUUCCAGAGAGCUCUUAUGGAGAACGCCAUUUGGAUGACCUCAGUUUAAAAAUCCUCCGAGAAGAUAAAAAAUGUCCUGGGUCACUGCAUAUUAUCAAAUGGAUUCAAGGUUGUUUUGAUGCUUUGGAAAAGAGAUACCUACAUGUGGCAGUACUUACACUUUAUGCAAAUCCCAAGGAACCUGAGAAAGUGACUGAGAUAUACCAGUUCAAAUUCAAAUAUACAAAUGAAGGAGCCACUAUGGAUUUUGACAGCAGUAAUACAAGCUUUGAAAGUGGGACAAAGAGUGAAGAUAUUAAGAAAGCCAGUACUCUGCUGAUCCGUAAAUUGUAUAUGCUAAUGCAGAACCUUGGUCCCCUUCCUAAUGAUGUUAUACUUACUAUGAAACUCCACUACUAUAAUGCAGUGACCCCACAUGAUUACCAGCCCCCUGGUUUUAAAGAAGGGGUAAACUCACACUUACUGCUGUUUGAGGGGGAGCCUAUAAACCUGCAAGUGGGAAUGGUGUCAACUGGCUUUCAUAGCAUGAAAGUAAAAGUCACAACUGAGGCUACCAGAGUGUCCGAUUUGGAGAACAAUCUCUUUCAGGAGGAUAGCACUACCGAGAUUGCCCAUCAGGGUCUAGACUGCGAUGAGGAAGAAGAGGAAUGCAACAAUCACAUUGAAAGAACGAAUGUUGUAUACAGUCAGCAAAGUUCUGAGAGCUCCAGGAAGAAAAGGAAGGUCAGCGAACCAGCUAAAGUCUUCAUCUCUGACAGAAAAUGAAAGUUAGAUGCCUUUGCUACAUUCAUUCCAAAAUAACUUUGUUUUGCAUCAAACUGCAUGAUGUGUCUUAGUAGGAAAGCAGGUUCCUAUCCCAAAACCUUUUACUGAAUUUGUUGCUCAACUUAUUUUGUCAGUUUACUAAGUGGUAAAUUACUGGCUAGUACACGUGUUCACUUUGCCACAAGGUAACAUGGUCAUCAGUGCUGCCUUGGGAUAACAUUACCUCAAGACUGAUUUAGAGAUGAGACACCCUUCGUAUUUAUAAAUGAACCCCGGCAGCUAUUUUGAAAAGAAAUAAGCUGUUCUCAAAGGAAAGAAGGUUUUCUUUGCAUAAUUAAACUCCUCAGGUAUUUAGACUACUGUGAAAUGUUUUAACUUGCUGUAACCUGUGUAUCAGAAUCCCUCUAUAGCUUUAUUAGAAUUCCCACAGAAUUGCACAGGAUGCAUGUGGUGGUGCUUAUGCAAGUGUGAUUUCUGUGCUAACUUCAGCCAUGAGGUUGAUCAGCUAAGUGUUGAACCAAAAUGUACCCUCCCUGUAAAGUUCUUCGAAUCUGGCCCUGCACCCUGAUCUGUUGGCCAACCUGAGACUGGGAAAGAGGCUGCAAUGCAAGACGCUGAGUCCCUUCGUAAGGCCCAUGCGGAAUGCUUCCUGACUGGUCUUUUGCUUACACAUUAGUCUGUAACUUGCAGUUGAUGUUACUGGUUCCCUCCUUGUUCUGGAAGAAUUUGGGUAGACUUAAUGAAUUCUAAAUGACUUAAAGUGUUAUUUUUAUUAUUUAUAUAACAUGGGAUGUAAUAAUUUAAUUUAAAUGGAUAGGGCCAAUAAAUGAAAUGUUAAGUUUUCUGGUUAAAUAAACCAAAAUCCAAGGUGGGUUUUUUUUCAUCUUUUCUUCUUCACUUAUAUUAAUGUUUCUCCAAGUGUAGUAAGGACAUCAGCACCUGGAGUGCUUGUUAAAAUACAGUUUACAAGGCAUGCUUCCUUUCUACUGAAUCAAAAUUCAGUAGAGCAUGGGGACCUGUGAGAGACUCCCCAGAUCCUAAUGCACACAAAGGAUUAAGAACCUGAAACCUCUGACCAAGCCUGUAGGAGAAUCUCUGUGGUCCGACAUGCACGUCAGCUAGCAGACGGCUGUGUUAUCGUAAGAGAGGAGAAUCUGAGGGAGCCUGCCUGUCCAGCACCACCCUUUGCCAGACCAUCAUUCACUUCUGACCUUCUGUAGGCAGCCUACAAACUGGGGGCUUGAACUGGGCUUUACACCAGGGCCUGCCAUACAGGAGCAUUUUCUCUUCUCCAGCAUAUUAAGUACAAGCUCAUAAGCUUACUCUGCCACUAAAAGGAGAAGGAGGGGAAAGGUAUUGCAUUUAUUAUAUCCUUGAUAGAAUUGGAGCCUGAGUCACCACAAUUUCUUUUGAGAGAAUCCUAUACAGGGAUUAGCUGUCUACUAG